GUCAGAAGGCGGUCUUGCGCAGGCGCGGGAAGCCUGACCGCAGCACGGGCUGCUUGGUGAUCAUCCUGUGUCAUCCCUCCGCUGUCGCGGGGCUCAUUUGGAAGGUAUCGGCGCUGCAAUCAGAACCGCCGCGUCUGGAGGAAACUUUUUAAAUUUUUGUUCCUCCGCCGAGGUCAUUGCAGCGAGUUCCUCAUGACGACCUGCCUUGUGUCCCCAGCAAGAGCCUCCUGCUUUCCCGUCCUUCCUGCUUAUGCUUUGGAAACAUCCUUUGUUUGUGGGAAUACUUAUGCACCAUUUAAAGCAUUUCAAGCCUCCCCUUAGCCAGAAGGGUCCAGAAAUCUGACUGAAAACAAUUUCCCCAGAGUGUUGAGCCUGGUAGAGAAAUGAAGGCUAGAAUGGCCUCUUCUUGGUCAAGCAGGAACUAGCCUCACACCUGGUGUGCCCAGGUGGUGUCUAGGUCGAAAUGGAUUGGGAAACCUAUGUAUAUGCGAGCAAGUUUUUUGACAGACAUCAGAGACCACCGCUGGCCUAUGAGAGGUUUUGCCAACCCCAUGCCAGUGUGGACUAUAUCAAGGCAGAAUCUUUCACUUACUUGGACUUUUUCAAAGGCUACCUGCUCCCAAAUGUCCCCUGUGUUUUCUCUUCUGCCUUCACCAAGGGCUGGGGAAGCAGGAAGUACUGGGUGACCCAGGAUGGGAAACCUAACUUUGAUCACCUUCUUUGGAAUUUUGGGGAUGCAGUAGUUCCUGUCGCCAACUGCAAUGUCCAGGAAUACAACUCUAAUCCAAAAGAGCAGAUCCCACUGAGGGAUUACAUAAGCUACUGGAAAGACUACAUCCAGGGCAACUACUCUUCUCCCAAGGGAUGUCUCUACCUCAAGGACUGGCAUCUGUGUAGGAGUUUCCCAGAUCAACACGUAUACACCACACCUGUGUAUUUCUCAUCUGAUUGGCUGAAUGAGUACUGGGAUGAACUGGCAGUGGAUGAUUAUCGUUUUGUUUACAUGGGACCAAAAGGAUCAUGGACCCCGUUCCACGCGGAUGUCUUCCGCUCCUAUAGCUGGUCGGUCAAUGUCUGUGGAAGGAAGAGAUGGCUACUCUACCCCCCAGGGCAAGAAGAGAGCCUUCGGGAUCAUCACGGGAACCUGCCCUAUGAUGUUACUUCCUCUGCCCUCCUUGACAUUAAAGUGUACCCAGAGUACCCCAAAUGCUGUCCACCCAUUGAAGUCAUCCAGGAAGCAGGAGAGAUGAUCUUUGUUCCCAGCGGGUGGCAUCAUCAGGUUUACAAUCUGGAUGAUACCAUCUCCAUUAAUCACAACUGGAUGAAUGGCUGCAAUGUGGCUACCAUGUGGCACUUCCUCCAGGCUGAGCUGGAUGCUGUGCAACAGGAGAUCUCUGAGUGGAGGGACACUAUGGAAGACUGGCAUCAGCACUGCCAGGUGAUCAUGAAAUCAUGCACUGGAAUUGACUACAAAGAGUUUUAUAACUUCCUCAAAGUCAUAGCAGAAAAGAGAAUUUCUAUCCUAGAAAAAGUUCCUGAGACCAAACCCUUGGGAGAUCUUUGCAGUGACAGCCCUGGGCUGGGCCCCCACCAUGCAGCUUUUGAUUUAAGUCGUAUCGCUGAUGUGUUAGCAUCCUUGAUCACAAACCCAGAUUUCCAGAAACUAGAGACUGAUGAACUUUCGCCACCCCCAGAGGACCUGUUCAACAACCUGAAGGAAAAAGUAAAUGCUUCUCUCUAGUUAUGCUUUACAAUUAAGCAUCAAGAAGGUGUCCGUCAGUAUACUCCACCUUGCCCCAAAGGUGAUCUUGAACUUGGGACUCACUGGGAAUUCAAACCUAGCUCUGCCCUUUACUACCUAUGUGACCUUGGGGAGGUCACCUAACUUUCUCAUCUGUGAAAUGAAGUGAUGGGACUAGAUGAGCCCAAGGUCCCUUCUAGUUCUCUGGGUCUGUGA